AUGGGAGUAAAUUUCAAGGACAUUCGGUAUGUUGUUCAUUAUGGGCCUCCUCGCUGUACAGAAGACUUCAUUGAGGAGAUUGGUCGUGAUGGAGAAAAGGCUGUUUCAGCUUUCUUUUUCCAAGGGGAACACCUCAAGAAGUGCGACAAAGCAGUCAAAGCAUAUGUGAAAGCUAACACAUGUCUAAGAAACAUUGUGUUGGAAGAGUUUGAAGAGAAAGUAACUAGUGGCAAUCAUACGUGCUGUCUGUCAUGCCAUCUUAACUGUCAUUGUAGUAGCAAGGAGAAGUGUGAAGUUCAUGUUCCUUUUCAGCAUCAUACAAUCUGUUUCUCUGCAAAGAAAUCAACAGGUGUGCCAAAAAGGAAGACAACCUUAGAACAAUGCAAUCUGCUGGAACAACUUCUACUGGAUAAACAGAAGGAACUGGCAGCAAAAUGCCCUGUUUAUUAUAUGUCCCGUGAAUGUACCACUGGGUUCAGUACCAACUUGAUAAAGAUAGUUGUGAAACACUGUAAAUAUAUUUUUAAUGCAGAGUAUAUUACGGACAACUUGCCUGUUUUUAAGAAAGAACAUGCUUAUGACAUUUUGCACAUGGUCAAAGACACUUUUGAGGACUUUGAUAUAGAAGAUGAAUUUGACGAAAGCUUAGAAGAAUUCUAUGAAGAGUCCUGUGUAUAUGACCUCGAAUUUGGCAGUGACUACACUGACCACGAGAGUGAUGAUGACUCACUUGUGGACACCAGCUUUGAGUAA